AUGCGUAUCCUCAGUAUUGAAAGGUUGAUUACAAUUCUAUUAACUGUAGUCAUCGUUUUUGAAAUAUUUCCAGUCAUAUCAAGACCUGUAAUAGAUGGAAUCGUAUUAGCAUAUUAUAAAAAUUAUAGUUACGGUGUAUUUGGAUGGUGUAUAGAUGUCCCAAUUGACAAUAAGGAUACCGUUCUCGAUGAUAGUCCUUCUCCUCAGGAAAUAUAUCGUCAAUGUACGCAAAGGAAAGUAGGUUACAAAGUUUCGGAUUCAGAUGUUGUCGACCAUGAAUUAUUAUUACCAUCACCCUCUAAAUAUUCAGUAACAAGAUUACUAAUUGUACACCCGAUGUCCUUAGUUAUUACUGUCAUUCUUUGGAUCAUGGUAUUAUUAAUAACAUUCACUUCCAGAAUGGAAAAAUCUCAAUUUUUCCUUUUAAUGACCGCUGUCAUAUCAUUAUUAGCAUUUCUAUUCUCCUUAUUUUGCUUCCUUGUGGAUCUUUUAUUAUUCCUCUCAGCUUUAAAAUGGCCAGGUUGGUUAAUGUUUGCAUCCACUGUCAUAUUGGCCAUCUGUUGUUCUUUAUUAUGGUCGUUGAGAAGAAAUAUUUCAAUAAGAGACUAUGAAGCAUUAAAUACAAAUGAUGUUGAAUCAUUCGCACAGAUAUCUCGUCAUCCAUCAUCUUCUUCAAUAGAUAUAGAAUUGGAAACAUAUUCCGUGCAAGUGACAGAUCAAUCUGGAUUAUCCAUGAAGGGUAAAAUCAUACACAAGGGCCUCGAUAUUGGAUCAACAAUCCCAAGGAAAACAAGUCAAGAAAACCGAUCAAUAUCAUCUACCAUGUACAGAUCACCAGAAUCUACUCAUCCUGGUUUCAUCUAA